GGAGGGAGGGCUUUUUAACAUUUAAGCGGUUCUUGAAUGCCAAAUUUAUGUUAAUUCUUGCUCACACUCAUUUGACCUAUCAGUGAACUGGAAAGUCCAGUCGGCAAAUCCAUUCUAAAACUAGUUCGAUAGAAACAAUACUGUUGUUUAUUUUGUUCGUCUGAUAAGUUGAUAAGGCUGGUGUUUCUGCCUUUAAAUACUAACUGCGAUCAUAUUUUUGGGCAAAACUAAACCGGCAUCUACUUUUAACUAAUCGGAAAGUAUUCGAAACGUUAGUGUCGAAAUAGCUGCUGAGCAAUUCUCUUGUAUCAAGUGUUAAUUAAAGUCUGUCAAGAAUUUGCUUGUUUUGUAGAUUCUUCAAGAUGGAUAUCAAAGAGACCAUUAUUGAAACUCAGCAAGGAGGUGUUAAAAUAGUUCAGUACAACAAGCCCAGUAAGAAAAAUGCCAUAGACCAGGUGAUGUACAAGCGAGUAAUAAGAAUACUGAAUGAAGCUGCAGUAGAUGAAAACAUUUCUGUGAUGGUGCUGACUGGCACUGGAGACUUUUACAGCAGUGGCAAUGAUUUCUCUGCUCCACCGGAUUCCAAUACUGGCAACCACUUGAAUGUUCUCAAGGAAUAUAUCAAUGCAUUUAUAAUGUUUCCCAAGAUACUAAUAGCGGUUGUGAAUGGACCUGCUAUUGGUAUUGCAGCCACAACGUUAGCACUUUGUGACAUGGUGUUCGCUUCAGAUAAAUCAUAUUUCUUAACUCCAUUUACGAAGUUGGGCAUUGUUGCUGAAGGGUGUUCAACAUUCACAUUUCCACGACUACUUGGUGAAAGGAAGGCAAUUGAGAUGUUGCUAUGUAACUACAGACUAUCUGCAAAAGAAGCCCUUGAAUAUGGUUUUGUAAAUUACAUUUACAAGCCUGAGGAAGUUCAAAGUAAAGUUUGGGACAAAAUAGUUGAGGUGUCAAAACUCCCCAAGCACUGUAUUACAAUCACUAAGAAGUUAGUAAGGGAUGCUGUGAGAGAAGAACUGUUGAGAGCCAAUGACAAAGAAAUAGAGGAACUCAAUGCCAUCUGGAUAAAAGGACAGAGAAGUAAAAUAUAAGCAAAACUUGUUUAAUAUUUAUGUGUAAAAAAUGCAUUUAAAUAUUUUUAUAAGUAUGUAUGUA